UUCCAGGCCCAAAAGGUUCUCACAAAGGUCAAGGACCCAAAGGUGGUGGACGUGGCAAAGGCGGGUUUGGGAGUGGCGGAGGCGGCGGCGUCGGGGGAGGACCUGGCGGUCGUGGAGCUUCAGCUGCUCAUGGGUCAGCUCAAGGACGACUUCCCAGAGCGUGCAGCAGUGGCCAGCUCCAUCGCGGCGUCGGCUUCAGCCAUCCGUUCCCAGCAGUCUGAAGCUCGUCCCCUUCGGCAGCAGGCAUCCGAGGCUCAGCAGGCUCUUGACAAGAAUGUUCGCGCCCUCAACUCGCUCGACUCCCAGAUCGCAGACACCGAGUCGCGCCUCGCGGAGCUCAAGGAGAAGAGGGCGGAGACCGCAACCCAGCAGGUGCAGCUCAAGGCCAGGUACCUGGAGCUGGCGGCCAAGGUGGCCGACCUCCCGCCCCCGCCGCAGGCGGAGCUCCAGGGGCAUUUGUCCAACUUCGACAGCGUGCUGGAGUCUGGCGACCUGGCCGCAAUUCGUGAGGGCUGGGCCAAACUCAAGACCAGCUGCCAAUCCGUUGCCCAGAAGGAAGCCGCAG